CUUUAGUUAAGGGAUGUUAAUGUGAUGAGAUGUUGUGAUCUGAUCAUUCCAUUGUCUGAAAACUUACCAGAUAUUUAUUGACUUGGAUAACGUUAAGAGCUCUCUUGUCUUUUGUGAUAUUAAACCAAUAGAUUUGGUUAAAGACUGCAAACUAGUACUAUCAUUGAUAUCUGGUUAAACUGUCAAAAAUGUGUAGUUUUGUUGUAUGUAGAUAUUGCCGGGCCCGGCGUGUUUUGUUUAGAAAUGUUUGUUAACUAUGUAUGGCGCUUUGUUAAUAAAUAAAUACAUGUUCAAAUGACAGUAACGUUAUAGCGUUUGUGCGAGGAGUGAAGUUCACAAUAUGGACCUUAACUUUAUUUGAAACUGGGCUUCGUUCAUAAGUCUAGAUGGGCUCGUGACGAUUAAUUGUCCAUGCUAAGGCUACACAAUAUAACUCUUAUGAAUAUGAACUAUCGUUUUGUGUAGUAACCAUGCUUUUUGGCAGAUUAUUUACUGUUUGUAUUUCCAUGGUUUUACUACAAAUAUGUCACCAUGCCUACUUUGCGAGGAGCAACCUUCCGAUCUCUCUGAUGAAGCCAAUACGGAAGUGACUUAAACUGCAAUUCAUCGACUGGCCACUAGAGGCGCCAAAAGGAAGUCAAUUCCCAUAAGGUCUGUUUCUUUGUACCACACACAGAGAUUUAAGCCUAGUAAGCAAAUUCACCAUUAAAUACACACAUAUUCCUAUUAUUUUACAAGUGAAGGAGCCACUUCAUCCAAAAGUAAAAAUGACACAAAGUGAUAAAUCAACCAUGACACAUCAGUCAUGUCAAAGUAUAAUCAUAAAAGAGGAGAGAGAAGAUAUGAUUGAUACAGACCCAUGCAGAAUAAAAAUUGAAAACACAGAGGAACAAACAGACCUGGUGAAAGUGGAAGAACCAUCAGCAUCGGAAACAUCACAUUACUCCAUAACGGGAGAAGAUUAUUUCUUUCAAAAAAACACACAUGAAACAGAAGUCAGCAAAUCUUUUACAUGUCCUCAUUGUGGAGUUGGAUUUAGUAGAAAAGCAAACCUUACGUCGCACAUAAGAAUUCACACUGGAGAAAAUAUUUUCACCUGCCCUCAGUGUGACAAAAGUUUCAUAACUAAAGGAAAACUUAAAAAUCACAUAAAAAUUCACACCGGAGAGCGCACAGCCAAAUGUCUCGAGUGUGGAAAGAGUUUUGGGAAAAAAGCUAAACUUACGGAUCACAUGAGGAUUCACACUGGAGAGCGCCCAUACUCGUGUCCUCAGUGUGGAAAGAGUUUCGCACAUAAAAAUUAUCUUCGAGUCCACAUAAGGGUUCACACAGGAGAGCAACCGUAUGCUUGUCUAGAGUGUGGAAGGAGGUUCAAAAUCAAGACAAAACUUACAGAUCAUAUGAGGAUUCACAGUGGAGAGCGCCCGUACACAUGUCCUCAGUGUGGAAAGAGUUUUAAAAAGACAGAAAAUCUUGCAGAACAUGUAAGAAUUCACACUGGGGAACGGCCAUAUACAUGUCUUCAGUGUGGAAAUAAGUACACUAGAAAAUGUAGUCUUAAGUUACACAUGAGAAUGCACACUGGAGAGCGCCCAUACCCAUGUCUUCAGUGUGGAAAGAGUUACACUCGAAAAUUCAGUCUUGAAUAUCACAUGAGAACAUGUCUGCAUGUCUCCAGUACAAUCCACAAUUGACUCAACUAGUCAUACUAGGUUGUUGAAGACAUUAUAAGAAUGUUUCUUUAUUUUUAUACGAUUGUAUUGGGAGUCCAAGCAAGUCCUGAAAUGUAUAAAAGUGCUUAUAACUUUUAAUUAAUUUGCCUUAUUGACAUGUGUUUGCUUAAAUCUGUCAUAGUUAUCUAUAGUUUCAUUUUGAGGUACAUUGAAAAACUAUUUUUUACAUUCUUGGGUCGUUUGUCUAAUUUAUAAAAGAUUUUGUUUGCUUAUUUAAUGUUAUUAGUUGAAUUGCACAUUACUGAUUUCCCUUUAAAAUUAUUAAACCAUUGCUCAGAAGUUAUAUAAAAUAUAAUGCACCUUUGCAACAGAAGAUAUUCUUCAUACACUGUAAAAAAAAAUCUGUAGAAAUUACAGUAUUACUGGGAACUAGCUGCCAGUUACUGUAGAUUUUACAUUUAUGUUAUUUACUGGCAACAGUUUGUUCAAAGUAAAAUGAACUUGAACCAUUUUCAGUAUUUAUCUUCUACAGCAACCAGCUGCAUAAUUACAGCAAAUUUUUACAGUGUAUGGUUUGUGAAUUUAUUAUUAUAAAAUCAUCAAUACAGUCGUUACCACAAUAAUCACUAAAUUAAAUUAUUAAUUUAUUAACCCUAAAAUCUCAAUGUUUUUACUACAAAUUAAAUCAUAUAAAACAUUUGUCCAGGUUUUGUGUCCUGGAAAAUAAUGGUUAAUGUUUUUGGAGGUGAAAUGGAGAAAGUGAGUAAAUGUUUAUUGGAUAUUUACUGGUACUGUGUUAAAUGUUUUUAAUAUGUUAACAAGCAGGAAAAUUUCACUUUAAUUUCCACAUAAUGAAAUUUAUAAUGUCUUGGAAAAGUUUGUAAUAGCAUUUUUGUGUAAUGUUUGAUGUUGUUUUGCUCCAUCACUGU